CCCGUCGGCCCGGUAACCGCUGACUCAGCGCCGAUCUCCGCCGCGAUCUGCCGGGGAGUUGCUCACCGCCCGGAGUCACCUCACACCAUCUCUCUAUCUACUAUCCAGAUCUCAUUAUCUACUACUCCACUUGACCUUUUCAUUCCAAUAAUCAAAAUCUACUUCUAAUUUCAGCCAAUCCGUGUUAAUACUCCAUACCAUCCCCUUACUAUUCCAAUUACAACUUCUUCUCUACCAUCCACCAUGCAGGCUGCCCAGCAGUCCUGGGAAUUCGAAAAUGCCGUCACCCUCAUAGACCCCCACCGAGACGCGCUCUACAAAUACGAUGAAGAGACACACAAAGCUCUUAGCGCUCAGCGCCCUUGGUCCAAAGACCCACACUACUUCAAAUCGAUCCGAAUCUCCGCCGUCGCACUCCUCAAGAUGGUAAUGCACGCGCGGUCCGGCGGCUCCCUCGAAGUAAUGGGCCUAAUGCAAGGCUAUGUCCUGCCCGAAACCUUCGUGGUAACCGACGCCUUCCGACUUCCCGUGGAGGGAACCGAAACGCGAGUCAACGCCCAAGACGAAGCCAACGAAUACAUGGUCUCUUACCUACAGUCGUGCCGGGACGCAGGACGGAUGGAAAACGCAGUGGGCUGGUACCACAGUCAUCCCGGGUACGGGUGCUGGUUAUCGGGCAUUGAUGUGACGACGCAGGAUAUGCAGCAGCUCGGGGGACCGUUUGUGGCGGUGGUGGUUGAUCCAGAGAGGACAAUCUCAGCAGGGAAGGUGGAUAUUGGGGCAUUUAGGACGUUUCCGAAGGAUUAUACGCCGCCGAAGGGGGAGGGGGGUAGUGGUGCUGGGGAGGAUGACUAUCAGACGGUGCCGUUGAACAAGGCGGAGGACUUUGGGGCACAUGCAUCACAUUAUUAUUCGCUGGAGGUGUCUGUGUUUAAGAGUGCGUUGGAUACGGAGAUUCUGUCGUUGCUGUGGAAUAAGUAUUGGGUUGCGACGUUGAGUCAGAGUCCGUUGUUUACGACGAGGGAUUAUGGGAGUAAGCAGAUGGUGGAUUUGAGUCAGAAGAUUAAGCGGGCCACGAGGGGCGUGGAGAGUAGUGCUUCGCGAGGGAAUCUGGCGCAGGUUAAGGAUCCGCAAUUGGAGAGGGUGGCGAGGGAUGGACAGCGUAUUGUCUCGGAGGAAGUGAAGGGUUUGUUGGCGGCGGAGGUGAAGAUGAAGCUGUUUCAAAAUGUUGGGGAGGGGGAUAGAUCGGAGAAAUCAUGAGCUUGUGCUCAACUUCUGUUCUUAUGAAAGGCUUAUGAAGGUUCAUUUGAGAACAACUC